AUGGACGGCGGCGUGUUGAGUAAAGCCGGAGCCAUGGCGGCAAUCGCGGAGAGCGAGGUGUUCGAGUCGGGCGACGAGGACGAGGAGAGCCGAGUGCUCUGGCAGAUCAUGAUGAUCGAGGAAGCGGCUCGAGAGGCGGCCGCGCGGCAGCGUGCGGAAGCGGCAAACACAGCGAAAGCCGCGAUGGAAACGACAGAAACGAAGGAAAGCACAGAACCAGCGGAAACGCCAGAAUCGACGGAAACGCAAAGUUCGACGGAAGCGCCAGCGGAAUUUGCGGAAACGCCUGAGACGGCAGAGGCGGUGGAGUCGACUGAAGAAUCAACGCAAGCGGCGGAGGUCGCGGUGGCGGAGGUCGCAGUGGUGGAGGUCGCGGUGGCGGAGACCGCGACAGAGGAGUCCGCGAAAGAGGAAAGCGCAGAGUCGAGCGCGGAGGUGGAGAGCGCGGAAACUAAGAGCGCAGAGGCGGAGAAAGCGGAGGCGGAAAGCGCGGAGGCGGAGCGCGUGGUGGUGGGGGGCGCGGAGGCGGAGAGCGCGGUGGCGGAGGUGGAGAGUGCUGUAGUCGUCACCCCAACAGCCACUGCCAUUGUUAGCGACACCGGCGCCACCGCCAUCGCCCCUGCUCCGAGCGCUGAAACCGCUGAAAGCUUGAACGCCCCGAGCAGCAGCAGCAAUGGCGGCGGUGUCGGCGGCGGCAUUCGUAAGAGCACAAGCGCAAGCGGGCUUUUCUCCCUCGAAUCCGCAACAGGCACAACUCCUAACAGCGACACCGUGACGCCCGUCAGCACCAGCACCGGCGCUGCUCCGCAUAAAGAUGCAGCGCGCGCGGCGAACAGCGGCGGAACCAUAAGCAAAAGCACGAGCACCGGCGCCCUCUCCUCCCUCAUUUCCGCGCGCUCCUUCCGCAUCCGCGGAAAAUCCUCAGGCGGAGGGUUGCCCUUCCUCCCCGCGCUCACUGUCCCCGAGUCGGACCCCGCCGCCUCCGCUGAUCACGGCCCGCUCUCCUGCUCUGCCCUCCCCUCCGCAGCCCCGACUGCCCCCAGCGGGGGCAUCGCCCCCCCGCUCACGCCCUCCCGUCGCUUCUCAAAAUGGUUCUCGUUUAAAGCGGCGGAUAAGGCGCAGGCUUCUAGCGGGGAUAACAAUGCGACUGCUGCCAAGUCUUCCGCGCAGUUUCUGUCAGGGAAGCCUACGAUUGGCGGAUUUGGCUCCGCAGCUGUCUCUGACUCGACAGCACACCAUACCCAACCCCAUUCGCCUUGUCCCCAUUCCCAACCAUCACUUAUCCUCGCCCUGUACCCCAUCUAG